GAGGCGGGGUUGGCGAACGGGCGGGAGAUGCGACUAAUCAGGAAGCGAGUCAAUUAUUGCUAACUGUGUCGGUACAUUUAAAACUGAACAAACUACGAACAAUUGACUUGACACUGAUGGAUACCUCUGCUGUUGGGCAAACAGACGACUGGAAGAAUACGAAGGAGGCUGUUGCCAACUUUCGACGACUACUACUUUGUUCAAAAUGCUCACAGUUACUGAAGGAUCCAGUUUGUCUGGGAACAUGUGAGCAUAUCCUGUGCAGGUCCUGUGCAGGCCCACAGGCAGGUGAAGGCUGUGUGGUUUGUCGGAGACCUUCUUGGGUCAAAGACAUCCAAAUUAACAGGCAGCUCAACAGUAUUAUACAGCUCUUCUGUGGCUUGGAAUCCAUGUUGAAUCUUGAUGGACUACCAGUAACACGGGCACAAAAAGCGGGCCCCGUCUUAAAACAUAAGAAGAACUUCAAGAUCUGGUUCAGCCCUCGCAGCCGUAAAGUGCGUUGCAUGGUGGAAAAACCUCCAAAAGUCUUCAUACCUGAUACUAAAUCCUUGGAAAAAGCAGCUGAACCACAGCCUCAUGAUCCAGUGGCUGAAGUCACUGACCUGACAGUUUUCAACUUCACCUCAUCCUCUCAAGAGUCUGACACCGCUUCUCCAACAUCCCGCAAUAUCAACCAGAACAGGAAGAGAACAAAUGGGAAGAUUGGGAGCAGAAAGAAAACAAUGAAAAGAUCAUCAAAGAAACAGCGGCGACAGAUGGUAAAGAAGAAGCUUGAUGCUGUAAACAAGCAAUGGAGAAUUACUGAGGUAGAAAGUACCUUGGUGGAAUCGGAACACCUUGCCGAAGAAUUUGAAAGCAGGUCUAAAAGAAGGGUUUCCUUCCUCAGCCCUGAUGUGUUAGCUGACAUUCAUGGCCUUUCUAUGGCUAGCAAUAGCCCAAAAUGUAGCUUCCCUGCACCCUUCAUCCCAACACUGCUUUGUCAGAAUGAAUCAGACAGUUUUCAUUAUGACCCACUGCCAGCCUGUGACUCUACCACCCCUAAAAAACAGGCCACACUAUAUUCUCCACAGCAUUCCCCAAAACUAGAGGGCGAGGCCAUUACCCUGGAGACCACACCGAAAAGGCCCACAGCUUCAUUGAGCCGUGGUUUAAAGUCACUGGGUCACUUGUCUCCUGCUGCUAUUAAUUCUUCGCCCAGCUCAAGGUGUAACAAGAUCCCGCAAGAAAAUGGAGGAGAGAGUCCUCCCGUUCCAAGUAUUGUGGGUCAAAAAUCUCCCUCUCCUCGUGCUUCUCUGGGUCGCUGUAACUCAAGGAGCCCAGCCGUUGUGAAGAAGAACCACAAAGGAGAGACCCCGCUGCAUUUGGCUGCUAUAAAGGGGGAUGUAGAGGAUGUCAAGGAAUUACUGGACCUGGGAGCAGACCCCAACCUGAAAGAUAAUGCAGGAUGGACACCUUUGCAUGAGGCAUGUAACCUGGGUCAUCUGGUAGUUGUGAAGGUGCUAUUAUCAAGAGGGGCACUGUUGAACACUCCUGGCUAUGAAAAUGACUCCCCACUUCAUGAUGCUGUACGAAAUGGGCACAUAGCCAUCGUCAAAUUGCUGCUACAGUUUGGAGCCUCACAGAGUGUGCUUAAUCUUCAUGGCAAGCGCCCUGCAGACUAUGCUGGAAGUCAGGAGAUGCUGGAGGUCUUCCAAGAAACACCUGAGGAAGCCCAAAAUGGCAAUACAUCUAUCACAAGCCCGUCCAGUCUCUCUGCGGUGGAUAGUUUUGCAAAGCAAGAAGAAAUCGUUUUGUUUCUGUCAAGCAAGCUGUCACAAACAGACCAGCAUCAGUGUGCCAAGCUGAGCCGGCUUUUGGAGGGAAGGAUAACAGACUCCUUCACUGUUUCAGUGAGCCAUAUUGUGGUGCCUGAAGGACCCUUGCCGAGCACUUAUUCCACCCUUCUUGGACUUCUUGCAGGCUGCUGGAUUGUUAAAUACAGCUGGGUGCAGGCAUGUCUGCAGGCAGGCAAAUGGAUGCCAGAAAACGAGCACGAAGCAGGAGAAGGCCCCCAGCGCAGUCGCAUCAACCGCUGCAGCUUGCUCCCACCGCUCUUCGACGGCUGUUUCUUCUUCCUGUUGGGCUCCUUUAAGUCCCCUACGAAAGAUAAACUGGCCAAGCUAGUUCGCGCUGGAGGAGGUCAACUCUUGAGUCGGCAGCCUAAACCCGACAGUGAUGUGACUCAAACCCUCAGUGCUGCUGCCUACCACGCUUUGCCGGGAUCUGACCAGGCUCUCUGCACCCAAUACAUCAUCUUUGACCAUCAGGGUCCUCGCAAGCCUGCUGUGCUUCGGAGGGGCAAAGUGUGGUCCGCUCCCUCCACCUGGAUCAUCGACUGUAUAGUAGCUUACCGGCUCCUCCCUGUACCAAACCUUCAGUCAGUAUAAAGCAUUUUUAACACCAACUUUUUUUAAUGUAUGUUUCUAAUCGUUGUCAUCUCAUUUAUGCCUCUCCAUUUGUUAUUAUGUUGAUGUGAAAUACUGAGUAAAUAAUGGUCACGUUACAAUGCCAAUUUGACAAUUGUAGCCAAAUAAUGGCACCCCAAGAUAAAUGUUCCUAAUUGUAAAAUAUGAUGGCACGAGGAAGUACUUCAUUACUGUAGAUCCAAAUGUUUGACUGGUACUGGACUGAUUGAUUAGAUGUGGUUUGGGUGUCCAAAAGUAAAAGUCUUGAACAAGCUCA